AUGCCUCCACCGUCGUCUCAUAGAAAAGAUGUUGAACCACCUGAGGAAAUCACUUCGGAGGCGGUUCGAGGAUUUCUGACAGGAGCGUUUCGUUUUGGCUCCGUCUCUAUUGUAGCGCAUAUGAUUAUGAUCCUUCCCCAUCCUUUCAAGUUCUCUCCCUCUGCAACGCCACCCGUGCCAUCACAAGCUCAGACGCAGUCUUCCCCCCGACCAAAAUCACCUCCUUUCUUAAGAGACUACCUCCGAUCUCAGUUCUUCUACCGCCCUCUUGAGGGUUUCUCGGAAUGGCUAUCCCCGGCUUCCCGGAUCUAUCGCGGGUUGACUCCGCAGUACAAGGUUUUCCUCCAGAUUGCGGCUAUGACGCUGGGCGGCUGCAUUUGGGCCGAGAGGAGAGUGAAUGAUUACAUCGACAUCAUCCGAAAGACCAAACGGGCAGAGCGAUUGGAGGCACAGAGAGCUUCAAGAUAUGCGGAAUAG